AUAGUUUAAAUUGUAUAUUAAGCAGACCUUACUUAAAAAGUAUUAAACAGUAUUAAAAAGUUGUUGGUUCAAACAACUACUUUUAGGGGGAAUAAUAAGUGAAAAUAAUGAAAUUUUUUAUAUUUUUAAUAAGUGUUUUAUUAAUAAGUUUAAUCAGUACAGUAAAAACUGAUGACUCUUAUUAUACAGCCGGAGUGGUGGAAUUUAAACCCCAAGUGGGUGGCAUGAAUUCUUCCCAAUUAAUGGACGAACAUUUAAAAGCCUAUUUGGAUAUAUUAAAUUCCGAUGAGGCCAUUGAUACAGAUAUUAUAGUAUUUCCCGAGGGCACUUUAAACAAUUCAUUUAAUCUCACCUAUGUACCAAGUGUCUCAGAUAAUAUUAUACCUUGUCUAACAAAUCCUCAACAGCAAUAUGCCGAUUUCUUUGUACAAUUAUCCUGUGCAGCUCGCCGUUUGCGUAAAUAUGUUGUCAUAAAUUUAACGGAAAAAGAAAACUGUCCCUCGACACCCGAAGAUUUACGACCUUGUGCCAGUAAUCAAUUAAAUAUUUUCAAUACAAAUGUGGUAUUUGAUCGUGAGGGCCGUGUGGUGUCACGUUAUCGUAAAGUUCAUGUGUAUGUGGAGAAUAAAAAUACUACUUUAAAACCGGAAUAUGCCAUAUUUGAUACAGAUUUUGGUGUACGUUUUGGUCAUUUCAUUUGCUUUGAUAUGUUGUUUUAUACCCCUGCCCAAGAGUUGGUCGAUCGUUUUAAUAUUACAGAUUUCAUAUUUACCAGCCUUUUCUAUUCGGAAUUGCCUUUUUUGACAGCCGUUCAACUACAACAUGGUUGGGCCUGGGGUAAUAAUGUAAAUUUACUGGCCGCUGGCGCUAGUUAUCCUGAAUGGGGCAUGACUGGUAGUGGCAUAUAUGCAGGAGAAUUUGGAGAUCUAGUUUCCGUUAUGGUUAGUGAUGUGGGAGAACGUAAACUCUACAAGGCUAGAGUACCAAAAAAAGGCUCUAAAUACCAACCACAAAACACAAACCCUACAAUUAAAAACCCGCACAAUGUAACAAAACUACGCCUCUUAAAAGAUCCCCAAAUUGAAAAUUAUAAUUCUGUAAUACUAGAUAUAAGUAGCGAAGAGAAAUACAUCAAGAGAUUUUUGUGCGAUGAAGAUGUAUGCUGUACAUUUGAAGUAACUGCAAAAAUUUUAAAUGAAUCCCUCGAGCAAAGCUUAAGAUUUCGUGUGGGUAUAUUUGAUGGUCGGCGUACUUAUGAAAAGGAGGAAUGGAGUGAUAUUAAAGUAUGUGCUUUAUAUGCCUGUGCCAAUUCAGAGCUCAGCAGUUGUGGUGAAGCUGUAGUAACCAACAAUGUGUUAUUCAAAAGCAUUAGCAUUAAAGGCAAAUUUCCAAAAGGAAACAAACUCUUGAUAAUGCCCUCCAUUUUGGAUGAUCAAUUGUAUCCCCUGAAACGUAGUGAUAUAAUGUGGUCGAGCAGAAAGCCAUAUCAAGUCUAUGAAGUGGACUUGAAGUUAUUGCAAGAACAGACUAACAUUAUGACUUUCGGCAUUUAUGGCCAGUAUUAUGAGAAGUCUGCUGCGGUUUCCACAAGCGCAACAACACACAUCUUAAUAAUUACUUUCUUGUUAUUAAAUUUACUGGGAUUUAUAAAUUUGUAAAUUUUAUUUAAAGCUAAAGAAAUUAAAGAAAAACACAUUGUUAUAAUGUUAUUAAAAA